CCUGUCACUCACUCAAUUAAUUCAGUAACACACUGAUAUAGUGUCAGUCAAAUGCAGUUCAGGUCAGGACUCAACACUCAGUUGCUAAUAUCAGAUUGAACAACCACAGGAAGGGUGUUUGAAGAAAGAGUUGUGAUAUACUGAAGACUGACAGAAAGAGAGAAUGGACAAGUGUCUGCUGGGACUGAUCAUGCUCUCUGCAUUUUUGGCAGGGACCAGUGGAGUGGAUGAGACUCAUGUGUUCAUCAGUUCUGGUGAAGAUGUCCGUCUGCCCUGUAAUAAAGCUCUUCGUGAAUGCAAAUUAACUACAUGGAACUAUAACAGAUUCAGUCAUUUAGCCGCAGUUGAACUGAUUGGUUUAGGGUUAAAGAAAGACACAGAGAAUCUUGAGAGACUGAGUCUAGGGUCUGACUGCUCUCUGAACAUCAGGAAUGUCACAAAAGAAGAGUGUGGCGUUUACACCUGCCGACAGUUUGUGAAUGACAAACAACUAGGAACGGAUGUUCGUGUUUAUCUACAUGUUCUUUAUGUCUCUUCAUCUUCAUCAUCCUCACAGACUGAGAUCAGUGCAGGUCUCUCUGUGACUCUCUCCUGUCAGUUGUACUCUAAUGCUGGAGUCACUUGUGAUGAUUUGGUCCGUUCUGAGGGAAUUGAGCUGUUCUGGGUGAAUCAGACUGGUGUUAAACUGACCAGAUCAGACUCCAGAUAUCAGAUAUCAUCCUCAUCAGAUCACUGUAUCAGCAAUCUGACUACAACACUCCUGAAUGAAGAUCACAACAGAGAGUGGAGAUGCAAUAUUACUCAAAGAAAUCAAGUCAAGACCUCAGCCACAUAUACUCUCAAGAGUUCAGCAGGAACUGAAGUCAGUAGGACCGUUGUCAGAGUGAUUUUGAUUAUUGUUGAGUUUGCAGUGUUUGCUGCUCCUACUGUGAUUCUUCUUCAGAUCAUCUGUUCACGAAGAGCUGGGAGGAAGGACUCAAAGCACUCAGAGGAAAUAAUGAUUAAUACAAUAUAUGGAAAAAAUUUGCUCUACAAAUAACAGGCCAGAAUACUGCAAGAUUUAUCUUCAUGUCAGUGAUAUUAUGGAUAUGGAGACAACUUUUACUGUUAUUUGCUCUAUAUACUAUACUGAAUGCUUUAAAUAUAAUAUUAAAUACAGAGACAGAAGUACUUUUAGUGACCAUGAAUGGUAAUAACAGAAAUCAUAACAUAAAUACAUAGCAGUUUUCUAAUCUUGAUUCCUUUAUUGUUAUAUUUAACCUUUUAUAGAAGGCUUUUUCAAUCAUAUAAUAGUCCAUUUUAACUGAUGAUGCAACCUGUCUGAUAAUUAUCACAUAUUUACUGAUGUAUUUUGAUGUUUUUUAUUUUUUUAUAACGUAUGACUUAUAUUAUUUUACAUAUGAAAAUAUAUGAAUUAUUGUCUUCCCAACCUUUCAUUCUUCAAUAUCUCUUUAUGUGAAAUACCAUAUGUGGAAAUAUAAAUUCACAAUUUGCAAAUCUCUUUUUUUGGUUUUGAAAUAUGUUGAACACUUAUUUUAGACUAAAAUUGUAAUUAUUGGGUUAAUCUAAAUAUUGGGUUAGUGUCACAAAGUCGCUCGUAUCACUUGGGAUAAUUUGAUAUUUUCAUAUUGUAAUUUUGUAUCUGAAAGAAAUCAAAAUCAGUUUAUUAAAAAUGUAUUUAUGCAAUAAUCUCAUACAUAAGUCUUAUACGUGAAAUUUGGAAUCGAAUGUUAUGAAAAUGUCUGUCUCUUACAACAAACUGAUUGUAAUGUUCCUCAUAAAGUGCUUUUAAUAAAACCAUCUGUUUUGACUUUGCUGGUGUUUAUUCUGUUUUUAACCCACAUGCACUUUGCAACUUUUUGCACGAUGCAAUUUGAAAAAUAAAAUAAUUUU